AUGUAUUUUGCCUUGUUGGUCAUCAAUGGUAAAUUCUAUUCCAAGGUAGCUGAAAAAUCUCUUCAAGUUCAAAACAAGAAUCAACCAAAUGCUGCAGCUGGCAAUGUUUCCAAUGCAAUUCAAACUAUUGCAGCUACCAUUUAUACAACUAUCUUUUAUAUCAAUUGUGGUGUUUUUGCUGCUAUCUUACGGUCUAUUCCUGUCAUUGGUGUUUUCCUCUCAUUUGCUAUGAAUUGCCUAAUCAUGUCCUACUAUUGUUUCGAAUAUCGAUGGGUAUACAUGGGUUGGACAUUGGAACAACGUACUGCUUAUGUAGAACAACACUGGUCCUUUUUCCUCGGUUUUGGUCUCCCUGCCACGUUUCUGACGUUUUUCCUUUCGACUUUACGAUCAGCUGCCGUGUUCUCUUUAUUCUAUCCAAGUUACGUGAUCAUGGCGUUCUUGGCCACUCCAAAGUCAACCUCUCCUUCUGGUCAACCUGUAGCCUCUAGUGUCUCCUCCACUUCUGAAUGGAUGCUCCCUAAUAGAAUCUCUGCUUUCCUUAUUGUUCGUAUACUCAACAACCUUGUUAUCGCCCUUGUCCGACUCGUUGGUGGAGUUCGUGUGGAAGCCAUCAUGGCCGAUAAGAAGGAUACUGCCAAGAAAGAUCAAUAG